CAAUCGACACGAAAGACGGUGAACUAUCAUUCCAAAAUUCGCAAUCACUGUGUUUUGAAACUCGAAGCAGUUUUUUUUAUUUUAUUUUAUUUGCGGUGUUUGAGGUAUUUUAAUUUAAGAGUUUCGCAUAUGUCAGUGAUUUGGGUGUUUAUUUUACGACGUGGCCCAGAUGUUGAGCAUGGAUUCUUUGCAAGUGGCCGAAGAGGAGGUUGUAGAGUCUACUUCUAACCGGCUGGAAGACAUCUACACGUUUUUGGAUGAGGGCACCUACCCGCCAUCUAUGAAUCCAAUGCGAAAAAAGAACCUAAAACGAUACGCCCAGAAAUUCAUGAUUGAAGACGGGCGACUGUACUAUGUGGGACCGAAGAAGGAGGAGAAGAGAGAGGUGGUGAUUGACGCUCAGAGGAAACAGCAGAUCUUCCUGGAGUGUCACUUUAACGAUAUCGGGCAUCACUUGGGGCAGAAGAAGACCGUGCACAGAAUCCAAACAAAGUACUACUGGUUGGGCAUUGUAAAAGAUGUGGUGGACUGGAUUAAACUGUGCGAAACCUGCCAGCACACAGAGAGGAACAAAAACAUGACCAGAACAAUCCGACCGAUAAAAGUGGAAGCUCCUUGGGAAAUUCUGGGGAUCGACAUUUUCGGCCCUUUUCCAGAGACCAAGCAAGGCAACACAAAUGUCGUCAUCAUAACCGAUUAUAUGAGUAAGUGGGUGGAGGCUUCCCCCAUACCAAAGAGGGACUCCCUGUGUGUCGCAAGAUGUAUUUCUACAGCCAUUUACAGGUUUGGAACGGUAAAAACGGUGUACUGUUCUCAGAGCGUGGACUUUUGUGAUGAGGUGACGAAGCACCUGUGCGACAGGUGGAACGUGGCGCAGAAGGUGUCUCCGGUGGAGCAGCCGCAGCUGAACGCACUGUACGACCGCGGCAGCAGCCUGCUCCACGAGGCCGUCCGGCAGGUGGUGGCGGAGAAGCAGGCCGAGUGGGACGACUUCCUGGACCCCGUCCUGUUCGUGUUCCGCACCUCGGCCAACCCCACCACCCGCUUCACCCCGUACUACCUGAUGUUCAACAGGGAGGCCAGCUUACCCAGCGAGAUGGAAGUUGACUUCCUGAAGUAUCACCAAGUGCAGGAGAUCUGUCCGGUGAAGGAGGAGAGUGUGUCCAGCUUUGUGGAGGCUAUGCAGGAACAGCAGAACAUGGUCAAACAGCUGGUGGUGGCGAACAUGAACGCGGCGUACCGGCAGCAGAAGAAGAACGCCAAGCGGAGAGCCCGGAGCGUGCCCUCCAUCACGUUCAGCGUGGCGGACCCUGCCUUCGGGACGGGGGAGUCGCCGCCGCUGAAGAAGGAGAGCCUGUACCUGUCCUUCCCCGUGACGACGGUCCUGGCGACGGAGCCAAGCGGCUCCAGCGACGCAAAAAGCGACUUGGAGUACUCCCUCCCGGUUCCCCACAUCCACUGACGGGAAGGCCCGUUGGACUGGAGGACGUGACGUGUACCGGGCCUCCGCGGUGUGCGUAGCGUGCCACGCUACCCUGUCCUGUUUUUUGGGGGAGGCUGUUUGGCGACUCUCGCCCUGUGUGUGCGUGGGAGUGUCCCAGCACACGUCCAGCCUGGGUUCACUCUCUCUCUUAACGCCUCAGAGGGACCAUGAGGGAACAGCAGCAGGGGGCUGUAUGACUGGCAACCCAGAGGCCAAACGUAGCCCACUGUGUACGCACCCCAGGCCCAUUUAUCAUUGGGGGGGGGGAAGUGUUAUUCAGAUGCAUCUGCGUAUGGACAAUGUAGGCAUACCGCCCACUAGUGACAGAGUAACAGCUAUGCAUAUUUUAAGAACGCAUCUACUUUCUUUACCCACGCGUACAAAGCAUAAUUCAUACGUUGUUUUAUAAAUAGGGCGGCGUGGUGGUGUCGGUGGAUAGCCCUGUCGCCUUGCAGCGAGAAGGUCCCUGGUUCAAAUCCCCACAAAUACUGUGUGGAGUUUGCAUGCUCUCCCCAUGUCUGCGAGUGUUUCCUGUGUGUCCUCCCACAGUUAGGCAAACCCUAACACAGGUUAGCCAAGUUGGAGAGUCUACAUUUACCAUAUGUGUGAGUGUGCGAGUGAAUGGUGUGUGUGCCCUGCGAUGGAUUGGCGACUUGUUCCAGGGUGUAUUCCUGCCUCUCGCCCAAUGCAUGCUGGGAUAGCCCCCACCACCUCCUGUGACUCUGAUCAUGAAUAAGUGGGUUAGAUAAUGGAUGGAUGUUUUAUAAAAAUGUUUGCCCCUUAUUUAAAAAAUCCCCACCCCCAUUAAAUAGUUGAAUAACCCUGAACUACAGAAACAUCCUAAAAUCUUGCACUCCAUGUUCAGUUUUUUUGAAUAUCAGUAUUUUUAUUUUGGUUCUUCGCUGUUCACAAGUGUCUAUGGAACUGGCGUCUUUGAUGUCUCAGAAGAUGUCUUUAUAAAACAUGAUAUUGUUGAAGAA